CAAUCCAAACCAAAGUCAGAACCGGAGACGUUGCACGUUACUCGCUAAAUAACAGGUUGUGAUCUAUCGUGGUGAUCUACUGUUUUGAUCAUUUAUUCGACCAUUGAAAGACUCUGAAACUGCUGAUCGCAAUUGCUGAUUACUCGUCGGUUGCUCAGCCGAAGCGUGGUGAUAGCGUUUAAAAUGACGCCUGAAGUGAAAGAGAACCCACUAGGAAUUUCCUGGCAUGAUACCGCUUGGAUUCAAGCUCUCGACCCUUGCAAUGUGAUGGACUAUUUCUCUGAGAGAAGCAAUCCUUUCUACGACCGCACUUGCAACAAUGAAAUAGUGAAAAUGCAAAGGCUAAGCCCUGAUCAGCUGAACAAUAUGACGGGUUUAGAGUAUAUUCUUCUGCACGCCCAGGAGCCCAUUUUAUAUGUCAUUCGUAAGCAGCACAGGCACUCACCUACUCAGGUAACACCGCUGGCCGACUACUACAUUCUUGCCGGCGUUGUUUAUCAGGCACCCGACCUCAAUUCGGUCUUCAAUUCGAGAAUGUUAACGACAGUUCACUAUCUUCAGUCAGCUUUUGACGAAGCCCUCUCGUUUUCACGUUAUCACCCGUUCAAAGGCUACUGGUGGGAGUUUAAAGACCAAGAUUCCUCCGAGAAGCAGAAAAACCAAGACAAAACUAAAGAAGAGCCUAGCAGCAUCUUUCAGAGAAGAAGAGUUGACAUGUUGCUCAAUGAACUGACAAAAGCAUUUCCUCCCAAGAUACCAGCGCCGCCUACGCUCGAGAAGCAAGCGCCCGAAGAAACUCCCAAACCUGAUGUCAAGCAAGAAGUUAAAACAGAGAAACCAGAGCCACAACGGACGACUAAGCCGAUUCCUGAAAAGCGGCCAAGGAUUGCUCAGUGAAAAUUGUGUGCUUGACUCUGCACCCAACAGUAUACGUUGUUUUAAUCCCGUAAAUUUGAAAAUCCACUUAACAUAAUGUUAUGGAAGACCUUACGACUCAGAAAAUUGUAACAUCAAUGCCUAAAGGAGCACACAAGGUUCUUGGGACAUAAACAUCUUGUAUCUCUU